UUUUCAGGCGAUACCACUUCCUUUUUUACGUUCUUGUACAUAGUCGGGUACAGUGGUACAGGAGUCAUUGGCGAUAGGAAGUGUCAAGGCUGCACUCCAGAGUGAAUGCCAGUGAAGGUUCUGUGGAGGACUUGAAGAGGAAGACAACAGCCCUGGCGGACGAUCUUCCCUUCCUGAGGAUGAGGCUGAGGGCCAGCGAGAGCGCCUUAGACCAACUCAAAAGGAAGAGCUCAGUUCUGGCGUCUCGACUUUGCCUGGUGGAAAAUCUGAGGAAGAGGAGCUCAGUGGCGGACACUGAAGUCCAAGUCCAUCAGAACUCCAGCCAGGGUCACACAUCGGCCUUAAUUUCAGAAAGAGAUGGCCAACGGCAGGAGACAAAGUCCCGUGUGGAAACCGAUUCAUCGAAUAUACACCAAAACAUGAGUGCUUUCCAUGCUCGACUACUGCACCUCGAGGGCAAAAUGAUGACGGGUGAACAACACCUACACAACAUUAGAGCUGCCAUAGUGAACACGCUGAAUGACACAGAGACACAAAAAGAAAGGUUGGAGGUGCAAAUGAAUGUGGUGAAAAAUCAUGUGGAAGACAUGUGGACUGAAAUAUCAGUCAAAUCAGGUCAACUUUCCAACAUGGAAGCGCAACUGGGUAACGCCUGCAACAACACUGCAGCUCUAGAAGGCAACGUGAAGAUGGCUGAAGCUCAUGUGGAGAAGCUGAAGGUUCUCAGCUCAGCGUUGGAGGUUCGACUCAACGUCAGUGAGAGACUUUUGGAAGAACUCAAGACUGAAUGCACAGCAUUGGAUAGGCGACUGAAUGUCAGUGACAAAUUUCAGGAACAACUCAAGACCGAAAGCAGAGCUCAGACAACACGAGUUUCCAAUGUGGAGUCACGAUUGACUAACAGCAUCCACAACACUGCAGCCGUGGAGGUCCGGCUGAACAUCAGUGAAAAAAUUCUUGAAGAACUCAAGACUGAGUGCACAGCUUGGACAACGCACCUUUCUAACGUGGAGUUUCAACUGACACACAACAUCGACAAUACUGAAGUGUUGCUGAGAAGGUUAAACAUGAACGGGCAGAAGAUAAACAACUUGAAGGAGACAACUAAAGAUUUGAUGUCACGCUUGCACGUUUUGGAGCAGCAUGGCACACAGACAUCAGGUGAGACCAAGGUGGCCUUUGCCGCCGCGCUGACAGACUCAGGAUCCGUGGGACCCUUUGACCAGGAGACCACUUUGAUCUUCUCCAAGGUUUUUACCAAUAUUGGACGCGCUUACGACGAGACCUCGGGUGUGUUCACGGCGCCCGUGGACGCAAUUUACGUGUUCAGUUUCACGGCGGCGGACUUCCUGAAAGGCUACAUGGGCGUCACCCUGUACCGCAACCAGCAGCCCAUCGUCUCCAGCCUGGACCUUAACGACCACGGCGGCUAUGCGUCGGCCACCAACGGCGCGCUAAUCCCUCUGGAGGCGGGAGACCGCGUACGUCUCAGCCUACCCGCCAGCUACAGACUAUACGAUGACACGCGCAGCUUUAGCGUCUUUAGCGGAUUCCUGCUUUUCCAAGUGGAGGCCGACCAAUAAACUGUCUUCUUCUGCUUGUAAACAACGUGACAUAAUUGAUCAUACCCAGAAACGAUGAGACAAGCGAACAUGCUAACAUAAUACAUGUACGAUAUAUGCUAGCCACUAUCCAUGUUAACAUGCUUGCAUUUGUGUUAAUGUCAGGGUUUUCGAAACUAUCUAGAUCUGUGAUUAUGUUGGAAUGUAUGUAACCGGUAAUAAAUAACUUAGGUGGAUUAGUUUUAUGUUUACGUUGGUAUGUAACCGGUAAUAAACCACCUAGCUCUGUCCCAUCCUAAACAAUGUCGUAAAACAUCCCCUGCUCUGUUUAUCUAGAGGUCAAGAGCUUUAACUUGUUUAUUCAGUCUACUGUCACCCCCACCCUUUUCCUCUUAAUAAAGAUGCUCUUGUGGGAAGGGAGAGUCAGACUUCAUUCGACCAUCGCUGUAAGCACAGCGACGAGUGAACUCUCCGCCUGCAGGUGUCUAAAAUGA